AGCUGUUCGACAAUUAAAGUAAUUUUUAUUUUGCUUUUGUUUUCUUAAGCAAAUUUCUUGGCUCCAUGUUUUUUAUUAUCACGCAAUAAACAAUGGCUGCAAAUAUUGUGGCAGCCGCCGCUGCUACCCAGGAAGUUGAUCCUGUACUGAAGAAGGCAAUCAAAUUGUUGCAUUCAACAAAUGCAAGCUCGGCGUCGGAGCUUCGGUUGUUGCUCGAUGAGGCGCUCAAACUGCGCUUCGGGCCGGACAAGAUGAUUGCAAAGAAUCUGAGCCAGCGUCUCAUGGAUGAUGAGGCGAAUUUUCCGGGCAGGGCGACGCCACAGCCUCAGCAAGCGGCCCAAGCAAUCGCCACGGAUGAGAUUAUCAAUUUGACCAAUUCACCGGAUAAAGCGCCAUCGGAUUCACCUGACACCAUUGCCGAUUCAGAUGAUGGCAGCACCACCAUCGGUGGUCUGGUCGUAGCCAUGAGCGGUGUCGUCAACACCGGCGAUACCGGCGACUUUGGUGACCUAAAUUGUUGUGUCUGUGGCGAAAUGGUUUUCACGGCCACCAAUCGGUUGAUCGAGUGCUCCAAGUGUGGUGCCCUGUAUCACCAGGAAUGCCAUAAGCCCGCCAUUACCAACGAGGAGGCGAGCGAUGAUCAGGAGCACAUCUGGCAGUGCGACAAUUGUUGCAACAAGCCCACCACUAGCCGUGCAGCUACCACAAUCGCUGCGCCUAACACAGUUCCAACUUCAACGCCGACGUUGACGCCAAGUGUGACUUGUCAAACUGGCACGCCCACUGUUCUCAUACCGGAUGAGCCCUUGCCGCUGGCAGCGAAUAAAGCCAAAUCAUCUGUGCCCUCGUCACGUUCAUCGACAUCCUCCAAUUCGUCGUCGCCCUUCUACAAACCGGAGCUGAGCAGUUCAGCAAAUGUGGCAAGCAGCAGUGGCAGUGGCAGCAAACAUGGCCACAAAUCGUCCUCCUCGUCAAAGUCGCACAAAGAGGAGCGCGGCUCGAGCAAAUCGGAUGUGGCACAUUCGCUGAACACCAUCGGUGGUCAGGACAAGCACAGUGCCACUUCCUCCUCCUCUCGUCGCAUCAGCUCAAACACUAAAUCCAGUUCUAGCAAAAGCAAGCAUCACGAGAGCAGCAGCAGCAGCAAGCGAAGAUCCAAGUAGUGGGCAUUUAAAUGCACUUGGAUAAAUAUAUGGAAUAAUUAUCUUUAAUCUAUAAAUACAAAAUCAGCAUUUCAAUAAAUAUCCCUAAUCUAUAAGUAUCUUCAAUUCCCUGCACUGGGUUUGCUUAUAUUUUCGCAGUGAAUGUCAAUUAAUAUUAGUGGUGCACCGAAAAUCACUGGCAGUAUUUUGAGUGCAGCAAAAUGAUUUGUUAGCAACAUAAAUAAAAGCUGAAUAGGAUUUCGA